AUGCCACCACUGAAAAAGGCUCCUUCUUCAUCGUUGCCCAAAGUUCAACUCUCGGAAGAGAAAAAGGCUCAACUCGACUCGGAAUUAACUUGGUGUAUUGAACAUUUACAAUUGGGAUUGAAAAGAAAGGAUGCAGAUGAGUAUCAAAUUAGAGAGACCAACAAGGUUAUUUCUACAUUACAAUCCAAGAGUGUUCCCGAUGUUCAAAAAAGACAAUUGAUGAAAGUCGUGUUUGGAGAUUAUAGAAAAUUAAUGAGAAUGGAAAAGCAACAGUUGGAGGAAGCUGAACGAAAGGAAGCUGCUAAAAUGAAAAAGAAACAAGGUGCAGCAUCAUCUUCUGAUGAUAAUGUUGAAAAUGAAACGUCGAUAACACCAGCUCAACAAGAGACCCAAUCAAUGAUGACAAGCAAUGCAUUGGAAAAUAAUUAUCAAUAA